UGCAGCGACUGCAGCGUCUCCCGCUGCCUGCUCUUCCUCCGCGCGCGUCUGUGAUGUGAAUAUUAAUGAUGCUGCGCGAAUCUCCGCGCUCAUUUCCACCGCUUUCACCCAUCUGAGAGACACACAUGGAGGGCUAUUUAUUCGAUACUGCUCAGUGACUCCUGUUGGUUGACUUGGCACGCAGUGUCCUCUGCUUGUAUCACCAUCUGUACCGCUCCGUACAGAGCUGCAUGAUUUGUUUUAGGUCCUGAGAGUCAUGUGAGCCUAACUUUGCUUUUUUAUACACUGUUUAAAGACAGGACGUUUUAAGACAGUAUGGCAGAAGCCCCUGUUGGAGAGGACGCACCCAAAGAGCAGGAGGGUGCCACCCCACUUACUGACGAUCCCCUGCCAGGGGUUGGGAUUGCUCUAUGGGAAAGAAUAUUGAAAGCAAGUGUCACAGCUGGUGCUUUCCUCCUGCUGUACACACUGUCUCAACUCACAGGUUUGUGGGUCCUUUACAUGCUGAAUGGAUACAGGGCUUUUCCAGCAGCACAUAAAGUUUUGGAUCUCCUUCAGUACCUUCUCUCCACCAGUGAUGCCUACGAUCAACAGAUGGAGAUAUGGAGGGUGGAAAGCUUGUUGCCCCUCAUAGCCACACUCUUCUUAGGUGUAGUCAUCCUUGGUACUGGAACGCUGUUCUGCAUUAAAACCCUGGUGCCUGGUAACCCAUCUUGCUUCCCUGAUGACCGUCGUCAGUCCAUGAGCAGGCAGCCCUCCUUUACAUAUUCAGAAUGGACAGAUGCUAAACAGGAGGAUUUCUACGAGCUGGAUGCUGUUCCGGAGACGCCCGUGUUUGACUGCUUUAUGGACAUGAAGACCGAGGCUGACCCUGUCACUCUCACUGUCAAACCUGUGGGCUUGCAGGAAAGGAGAGGUUCUAACGUGUCGCUGACAUUGGACAUGUGCACCCCUGGUACUACAGAGCCCUAUGGAGCGCUGCUGUCCCCUAGAGAGCAGAGUGCACAGGAAUACCUGCAGAACGCAUCCAACCUACUCACCCCCGAGCAGCUGCACAAGCGUGCACUAGAUGACGCUGCACUGCAGGCCGAGUUCUAUGAAACACCCAUGAACUUCGUGGACCCAAAAGAAUAUAAUUUUCCUGGCGUGGUGAGGAAGAAUCGCUACAAAACCAUACUACCAAACACACACAGCAGAGUUUGCUUACAAGCAAACGAGGAAGGUGAUUUUCUCAGCACCUACAUCAAUGCUAAUUAUUUGAAG